CCGAUACAAAUGAAAAUGGCGGAUAUUCAAAAGAAGAAAUUCCCCAACACUAUCAACAUUAUGAUUGCGUCAUGAAACCAGAAAAAUCAUGGAUUCAAAAUUGUCUACCAGUGAUGACUUUUCUACAUCUAUAGAGGAGCACCAUUUUCAUCCUCUGGCUGCCUCAACAGCUGCCCGACAAGACAGAAAUCCUGUGAAGCAGACAGUCAAAGGAGGGUCAUUUAUAGAUGUGGACAGUUCUGGCCUGUCUUCUGAUGCCCUAGAUCUCCCUUCACAGCAGCACCAGCUACGAUUGUCAUUCAGUGCAUUUGAUCAAUCUCCAAAACUAUCUCCAAGGGAGGUAACUGAGAGUAGAUCUUUGCAAAAUGCAGCUAAGACACAUGAACCACUUGAAACAUGGUCUGGUUUGGAACAGUUUCCCGACAUGAAAAAAGAUUAUGCUACUAGCAGAAACUCAUCCUUAGGGCUGAUACAGGUGGAUGGCAUGAGUGAUUUAUCAACCAGUGUGUUUGCUCUGCACACCUCACCUCAAGAUGUUGUGGAGGAAGUGCAGCCUAGUCAAAGCCAGGGUAGCCAGAGAUCCUCACAGAGGAAUCACAGUGACAGUAGGAACAACUGGCUCCGUCCUGACAUAGAUACGGUCAAAAAGAAGCCUUCCCUAAUGCCUGCCCCAGCCCCCCACGGGGAAGUCAGGCAGUCCCUGGUGUUUAGUGAGGCACUCCUAGGGGGCGACAAUGAUGCUGACGUCACAAUUCCAGAGAUACAGUUCAUGGAAGAUGAAUUGAAUCAACUGGAUGCUGACUUCAGUUACUUUGAUGAGGCUGAUGGCUCUGGAAGUGAUGAGGACACACCAGGUAAAAGGAGGAAAGGCACUAAUGUUGGUGAUGGAAAACUUGACACUAAAUAUUUACAACCUACUUCACCUCCUCAUUCAGAAGGGGCUGACGGCAGGAUGGACCCUUUUCCUAGUCUGAGCAAAGUGACUUUGUUUGAGGAUGGAGGUGGUACAGAAGACCUGGUUCCCACGGUAAUAAGGAACCAGGAUAGGAGAACAGAUCCACAUCAGACAGAAACAGGAGACGAACCUAGUGGCAGUGAGAUAGAUACUGAAGAUGAAUUGGAAAUAGCAAGAAAGACUAUUGGUCAAGAGGAGAGGGAGCGGUCACACACUGUUGGACAGAGUCUGGAGCGAGAACUUGGGGCCAGUGAUGCCAGGCCAGGUGUGGAAGGAGUCAGUGUCGGAGAAAGCAGUACUGGACAAAAGCUGUCUAUCAUGAUGCGUCAAUCUGCCGAGGGUGAUGUAGUUACCUCCCCUGUCCCUGGAGAUGGUGGAGGAGGCGGGGACGGAAGCAGUGGUUCUGACAGUGAAGACCAGCCUCUGUCUGAAAGACGAUCCUCACAAGCACAAGAUUUCCUAGAGCAGUUCCGACAAAGUUUUCGACCAAUGCAAGACCAGAACUUAAACAGACCUGAUCCAGAGGAACAGAGAGUGCGCCCUAUGGGAGAUGAUCUGUUGACAGAGAAAGGAAUCAACCGCUAUUCAACUUACCAGGGAGCACGGUCCAAAACUGACGAUGCCCUUCUGGAGUCUCGAUUUUUGACCUCACAGCCAGCCAGUGACAUGACAACAGUGGCUCAGUGGUCAGGACUGGAUAACAGCACAUUUAUGCUGGAUGAGCUGCUCCAGAGUCAGGCUGCCAAUGCUGGCGGUGGCAACACUCGGGGAGAUGGGACGCCAGAGGAAUCCCCAGGGGAUAGGCUAGAGGCAUCUGGAUUCAAUGCUGAUGAUGUUAAGGAUCAACCACAAGGUGAAAACCCAUUUGGUGGUUUGACUUCCUCUUUUGGAUCCUUUGCGGCCAGUCCAGUCCCUGACGCGGGUAGAGAAAGUGCAGAAAAUUCUGUGUGGAAAGAAAUGCACGCCAGUCCUUUGAGUCAUCGAACAAGUACCAACAGCCGAGCCCCAGGGAGCCCACUAGGAAGGAUAAGUGGAAACAGUGUUCCAGAACAACCAUCCUUUGGGUCAUUUGAUCCCCCAGUCCAAUCAGCUGGAGAACCUGCUGCUAGCAAAAGGACAAUUUACCAGGACGAGGAUGGUGACUUUGUCACAGACCUGGCCUACCAAACCUCCUUUCUACAGGAAGUUCAUUUCCAGAAAGAUGUGCUAGUAACUCAGGGAUUUGAUGCAGAGACUCAAAUGGGCCUAACUUUCAGUGAUCAGGACUUCUUGACUUCAGGUGAUGGACAAAAUAUGCUUGAGGCUGACGAACAAGAGUUUAAGAAAGAAAACGUUUUUAUGCAGGAGGAAGUUUGUACAUCCAGUAAUGGUCCAGGCCUAGAGGAGUCAUGGGCUGUUCACAGCAAAAUGUCUCUCUCAUGUCCCUCCUCCCUGCGCGGAUCAGACGAUUGUACACGCAUCUCUGUCGGCACAUUCAUGAAAAGCAGAUCUGGUGCCCUGGGGUCAAUAGAUGGUGUUCCUGAACAAAGGCCGGAGUUUGGUAUGACCUGUAAGACACCCCCUGAGAACAGGAAGCCAGUUGCCCUGUUGGAUAUUGCUGCCAGUGGUUUUGAUGGGGAUGACGGCUCAAUGAACCGCACAGCGGGAGUAGGCAACGAGGAAGGGGAUGCCACUCUAAUAGACCAAUCUGACAUGACCCUGGCUGACUUAGCAGCUUCUCUACAAACAAGCACUUUAGGGAAGCCUGGUACCACAGCCGGUCAACAGGACCUCUCAUCAGACCAGUCUGCCACAGAAUCCUCUACUACCCUUAACAUCAGUGAGAUCAGUCGAGCAAUAGCCAGCAUGUCCAAGUCGGCCAGCCCAGAAGAACUUGCUAAGAUGAUAAUGUCCCUAUCCAGUAAAAGCAAAGGUCCUUCAAAGACCAGUGUUACAGACAAAAUGUCAGCCUCUACUAUGAGAGAAGAGACAGAAGGUCAUUCUCUGAGUAAAGCAGAGAAUAAAGGGUCCAGAGGGUCAAUGGAAAGGAAGGAAACUGAGGGUGAGGCUCAACGGACCCCCAGGGACCAGCUGAACAAGAGUAGGUCAAGGCUGCCAGUCAGAAAAGGGUCAAAUGUGGAUUCCAAGAGACGGUCACAGUCUUCCUCCGAUUCUGCCAGGGGAUCCUAUGAAGGUGAAGAAUUGAGACAGGACAAAGCUGGUGAUCAUGUUGGAUCAUCCCUAGAAAACAUGAAUGGUUUUAGGGAGGGUAAAAACCUUCAGAAGUCCAAGCCAGAUGGAGAGGAAUCGGAGGAAGAGUCUGCAUAUGUGAGAACACAAAACAAUGGUGUACCUAUGAGAGACAGAGUGUCUGAUCUUGACGAGGGAGUAGGUAGCUUGCCCUCAGAUAUCCAGGGUCUGAGGGACACGUGGCGCUCCCCACGUCUAAGUAUAGCACCCUCUAGCAAGAGGUCGGGCCCCCAACAGGAGGUAUGUGUCCGCUCCCCGAAGGACCUUUUUGGCACCCAGGUGACUUUGGAUGAAGAGGCACCACAGCUACCUCUGGUCACAGAAGGACCUGAUGUGUCUAGGGACAAACAGCCAGCCGAUGGUCAAGCCUCUCAGAUGAAACUUUAUGUACAGACCUCACAAAACAGUUCUCAAGGCCAGUCUCCAACCUCUUCUGGUGUACGAGUACAGUCACAUAACAGCCCCUCUUGCCAGUCCCCAGCUCCUGCCAGUGGAAGAACCCAGUCACAUGCUGUUCCUUACCAUGGCAAAAUAUCUGAACGAUCUGCUCCACAGGAACUUCCUGCAGGCCUGGUAUUAGAGAAAAGUCCCCGUAGUAGUUCUACAAGUCUUGGGCUGACGGGACAUCACAUUCCUGAUGGGACAGAGUACAGCUUCCAGGCAGACGUAGGGCAUGUCAGUAACAGGGGCAGAUCACGGGAAGACCUAGUGGGCACUGCAGACAUCCAGCUUGCAGAUUCAAGGGGCUUUGAUCUAAUCAACAAUAGAGAACCACUUCAAAACAGACAGAACUGUAGACAAAAUUCCUUUCACCACGACUUGGGUAGGUCUCAGAAGGAACCAGAGAUUAGAGUGGAGAAAGGAACAUCUUCAGAUGAUAAUGAUUUAUUACAGCAACAAGGCUUCAUCAUUCAGAAACAGAAGGAAAAAGCUGAUGAAAGAGAUGAAUGUAUUGAUAUUCUUCCUGACAGUUUUACUCAGACUGCUGUAUCUGAUAUGUUAUCUUCAUUUAGUCCAAAACAAAGCAGAGAGAGUCAUUCUUCCCUUCUUCUCAAACGAGACAAACCAAAUGACAGUGACAGACAGGAUAUAUCAGAUAGAAUGGCUCUGCCAGCAUCACAGCCAAGUAAUCGAGGAGUAAGGGACUUUAGUGUGCAAGAUAUUGAAGAUGGACUGGCUCCCUCAGCCACAUGGUCGAGUAGUCGAGGAAUAGGUGAUCCUGUUAGGGAGCAGGGUCAAUUAGAGUGGCCUGCAGGGAGAAUGACCAGCAGUCCUGAACCUCACAGAAACCAUUUGGACACGAUCGCUAUGCCUCCCCCUCCUGUGUCCAGUUUUAAAUAUGACCCGCUGUCUAAGAAACCGGUAAAAUCUGGAGUAGGAUCAAACAAGCCACUUCUCCUCACUUCACAAUCUCUAGCCAGUACUAGUUUUGCCCUGGAGUACCUUCAGCGAGAUAUUCCAGGACAUCUUGUAACAAAGCCACUGGUUUCCAGGAAUUUAAGGUCUCAAGGUGAACCAACAGAGGCCCGUGUCUCUGAAAUGGCACGGCCACACUUUGCUAGUACUGAUAUGACCCACUCCUGUUUACCCAACUCUGAUGAUGUAUGUCAUCCUCACCUCCACCAGCAGACACUUCAUGGUUUGAGUACCCUAGAGCAUGGCCCUGCAUACCAGAGCACACCCUUCUCAAAGGGCAAUAACUCCACACAGUUCUUGCCAAUGGACGAUUUGAUUAUGACCCCUAGCAGUAUGCACACAAUGAUGACAACUGGCCCAAUUGAGGACCCUACCCCCAUACACCCCACUAAUUACAAAUCAAUGUCCAUCAGAGACAGACACCCGGACACAGAUGGAACAUCAAGGCCAGCACCCUCCAAGAAACUUGUGCCUGUUGAUGCUCCAUCUAUCCUGGAAUUUGCAAGUGUGUGCUGUGUGGGAAUCUCCAGCAAGGCUGUUCUGCCAAUGACAAACCCCACAAUGCGCUGGCUUGAGUGUCAUCUCGAGGUGCAAAAGCUCACCCUGGAUGGCCAUCCAGUCUCCUGUGAUGCCAACUUUCCAUUUGAAAUGAAAUCCAAAGUCAUUAUAGAGCCUCACAACACUGAAGAUAUAUCUGUGAUAUUUAUACCCAAGUUUUCUGGAGCGUACAAAGCCCAGUUGAACAUCUAUUCCCACCUGUUUUUGCGAGACAAGGAUGCUGAGGUGGACGGGGUGGCCACCUCUAUCACAAUACUGGCAGCAGCAGAGAAACCACAGAUACAGGUUGUAGCGGAUGGUCACAGACACCUGGAUUUUGGUCACGUAUCAUGGGGCAGCACGAGUGAGAUGGCUUUAAGUAUAGUCAAUGAAGGCAAAGCCAUGGUCCCCAUCCGCCUCGCUAUCACCACGAACAAGAGGCCAUGGCAUUGUUUUGCCUUUGACCAGAAGAAUAGUGUUGCAGACAUAUCUGUGAUAUCUCGGAGCAGUCGACCACAAAGUCAAGCCCUUGGAAAAACCGUCAUCACCAUGUGUCUCCCGGGCAGAAAAAAUGGUCAGCCCAAUGAACCCAGGGAGAUACAUAUCUACUGCCGCCCUCUAGACAAGCAGUGUGACAGAGCUAUGGCUCAGCUACCUCCUGAUGAGAUGACCGCCCGUGUAGAUGUGGAAGUAGACACGCCCUCCUCUCAUCUGCCUGCUCUCUUUUCCAUCAAACUGACUGCUGUAGUGGGAUUCACUAAACUCCGUAUUGCCAGAAGUCUAGAUUCUGUCCAGUUAUUGGCUCCUGUUGGUAAACAUGCCAGUCAGAUUGUAACACUCAAGAAUGCUGGGAACAUCAACAUGGAGCUGAUGCUCACCACAGCUGACUUUUCUGACGCCUUCAUUGUGACACCCAAGAGAGUAGUCAUCACCCCAGGAGAAAAUGCUGAAGCCAGUGUCAAAUUUCUGCCAACAAAUGAUGCAAUUCCUGAAUUUCGAACCGUGCUGCUGAUGAGAAUAUUGCCUGAUGGUCCGGAUUACGAGGUCACUGUUCUGGGUAAACUGGUGAAGGAACAGACAGCCAAAGCACCUCCUCUCAUGUCUGACAAACACUUUGUGUGUUACGGUGGGGUGACUGUGGACCAGGCAGUUCAGAAGAAGGUUACCUUGUGGAACAAAUCUGAGAUAUCAUGUCGAGUGAGGAUAGAAAUACGUUCAAGUUCCUGGGACUUCCAGCUACAGGGUAGUUUUAACAGUGAUCAGAAAGAGAUGUCAACACGAGCUCGGGACGUGAUCAUCAAACCCAUGGAGAAGUACCCAGUACACAUUGUGUUUGCCCCGUCCUCUGUCUGUGAAUCAACUGGCAAGCUUGUUCUCAAGCACUCCAUGUCAACAUUUAAAUACUCGAUUCCUCUGAGUGGUUACGGUGGAAUAGGCAACGUUAUCAUAGAGGGAGCCAAAGUGUCUGAAAAGGACCAUUACUGGCUAGAUAUGGGCGAGAUGUCUGUAGGCCAGCGCAUCGCAAAGAGGGUCACCCUCCGCAACAUUGGAAGUCGUCCAGCCUACAUACGAUCUCUAUUUGUUUCAGAUUUGAGAUGUAAACAAGCCCUAGUUCCUGGUCGAGUUUUGGUUGAACCAAAUGAAUUUGUACUUGGGGUUCAGGCUACAAGGACUGUGGUGAUGGUGCUUAACCCAACCCACAGAGAAAGUGCCCUAUGCCUUGACCACAAGGAUGUGGUAGGCGUUGUCUCUUUUCUCUAUGGAGACGAAAUAAGUCGGCAAAAAAUGAGAGGAGCCAUCGAUCAAGGGAGACAAUCCAAACCUUUGAAGACGACUGAGGAUGUGUUGUUGAAAACAAUAAGUUUUUGUAACCACUACCUGGAUGAGGAAUCUGUGGAGUAUACACCGACAGGUCAGAAGAUUGGGAGUCCUCAGACAGAGGUAGACCUGUUCUACUCUGCUAUGCUACGUGUGAUGGUGUUACUGGUGGGGGAACCCCAGAAGACUGCUGUGGAGUCGAUGACAGUAACCCCACCCGUAUAUAGAACAAUCAGAUCAGCUGACGUCGUACAGGAGCCAAGCUACAGUUCUACAUGUGUUGUACCGGUCAAGGACACAGUACAGAACAGAUCAGAAUCUAUAUCCAUGCGCAAUACCAUGCCAGUGCUUCCAGCACUGCCACUUUACAAUGAGACAGACCAAGACAGCUGGACCCUACAGCCAGAGCAAAUCAUCCUCAAUGUUCCCAAUAAACGGGAUGAGAAACUUCAAAUCCAAAAAUUUGUGAUAGUAAACUUCCUUAACAGAAAAAUGAUGUAUGAGCUGUCCUGGCCAGGACACUGGAUCAAACUCACACCUGAGAAAGGCACGGUGGAGCCAAAGAGUAGCAGUUCUGUGUGUCUGAGCCCGAGUGCUGCUGUGUUCCAGAGCUAUGACCAGCUCCCCUGGAGUGGCACCAUACAUGUCAUCUGUGACAACCAGUAUAAGGUUCUUCGUGUUCAAAUACGAAAUGACUUAAUUCUUGAUGGCAGUUCCUUAGUCAACAACAAUACACUCGUUCCUUUGAGUACCACAUCUGCCACACCGUCCACUUCAUUGGCUAUCUUUGGGUCACAUGACACCCCUACAGGGCUACAGAUCUCCACAACAACCAUUACAUUCCCCCCAACAAAGGUUGGGGAGCAAUCAGUUUCCUGUAUAGACAUGACCAACUACUCCAAGGACACCAUCAAGUGGAUUCUGUCCUCAUUCGCCCCGCCAUAUGUCAAGGGAGCAGACAGUUCUCGAGAUGUGUUCAGAGCUACCUACAAAGUUUUUGAGUUUGCUGAGAAAUAUGGACAAAUUACGGGCCGGAAGGAUGCUAAGCUGCAAGUACAGUUUAUACCAAGGUCAAAAGGAAUGUUCUCCCAACACUGGGAUAUACAGUCAAAUGAAGCCUCAGAGAGUUCCAAGAAGUCGCACACAGUCCGGGUACAGCUGUGUGGGGAGGGUUUAGAAAAGGAGGGAAAUAGUUUACCAGGUUCUGUAAACAAGGAGAAUAUAGAGGACACCAGUAGGGUUGCACCGAAACAGAGAUACCGGGGGCAAGGGGACAAAACCAGGUCAACAAGUACUCUGGGCAAGGAGGCACCAUCUCUCAGGAACAAGAGGGAGUCCAGGACAAUGGCUGGAGACUCUCAUAGAUUGGACAAGGAGAUGAAACCUGUGGUCCUGAAGGACAAGAGCAAUGAUAUCCACUUCCCAAACUGUAGAGUCCAGGCCACCGUCAUGUGUAAGGUCCACCUGAAGAAUGAGUCAAAGACUCUGCACUCGAUUGAAAUUGCACAGCCUUCAUUACCAUUUAGGAUAAAUCAUACCAACAUAAGCAUACGUCCAAGAAGCUUCCUGAGGCUACCUGUGGAAUUCUCACCCGCAAAGGCAGGGCACUAUACGGAGAACUUGGUGCUGAAGGUGGAUGUGGGGUACAGUUUGACAAUCCGACUGGAGGGUCACUGUACAUAGCUUACGUUGUAUGGACGAUUAGAGGGUCAUUGUAUUCAGCUCAGUGUGUUUAUAAUGUAGCAUGUGUGAUGAAUAACGAAUAUCUGUGAUACACUGGAGUGUUAUCUAAUUUACACCUUAUCUUCAAUGGAGGAUUAUGUGCUGACUUUUUCAAUUCCUGAUUAUGAGCAUGAAAAAAAAGUAUCUAUGUGUUGUCAAAGAAGGCGCUAUUAAUUGGACAAUGAGAGUCAGGACUGACUUGAUGCAGUUGCUGAAUGUUAGAACUUUAGAAGAUUAGACAAUGAGUGUUCAUUGAGGGACCAGAACUGGCUUGAUGUAGCCACUGAGGGACCAGAACUGGCUUGAUGUAGCCACUGAAGGUUGGUCAAUCUCUCUUGAUGUCAUUGCUAAAGCAAUGGUUGAUGGAUCAGGUAUAUGUGUCAACUGAGUGUUGAGCACUGCAUUGAUGUAGUCUGUGGAUCAGUCUGGAUGUCCCUCUCAUGAUAAGGGUCCAUAUAGAGUCAUUGUUACUGUGUAUGUAGACUGUUUCGUAUGUAAACUGUGCCCCGUAACGGGGUUUGUUUACAACUGUGAAUUUAUCAUGAAAGAAAGCAAUGUAGGCAUACAUGUUUUAGCUGUGGUCUUGGGUUAGCAUUUUCUUGAGCUUUAAAUAUUAAGCCAAAUUUUGAUUGCUCAAAUACACAAAAAUUCAUCAAAGUGCAGUUGAAUUUUUUUAUAAAAUGCGAAGGCCAAACAAAAAAUAUUUAGUGUUUCCUGUAACCCUACCUACCCUUAUUUUUUGUGCCUAUCCUAAACUUUUUAAAGCAAUUUUCAAAGAAGCACUGUUACAGUCAAGAUCACUCUCUCCUAUAUAAACCAUAUAAAAUCAUCUGUUAAAAUAAAAUUUGUUACCUACCUACCUUCUCUAAAUAUUUCCAACAUGUUACAGGAAACACAUACAUUUGUUUGUCUGGCCUGAAAUUAGAUUGCUCUAAGAUUUGUAUGGUUACAAUAAUCAAGUUAACAAGAUAACUAGGGAAUCUCAUUAAUCAGAUCAAGGAAAACAUUUUCACUUGUAAAAACACAAGAAAAGAAUCAUUAGAGUUGGAAUUCUAUGAUAGACGGAAAAAUACACUGUCUGACUAAUCAACAAAUUAUUUGAAAUAGAAAAGCGAUGUAAGAUUACUUCCUGUAUGUACUUAUCUGCUUAUAAGGAUGAAAGAUUACUUCCUGUAUGUACUUAUAAGGAUGUAAGAUUACUUCCUGUAUGUACUUAUCUGCUUAUAGGGAUGUAAGAUUACUUCCUGUAUAUGUACUUAUAUGCUUAUAAGGAUGUAAGAUUACUUCCUGUAUGUACUUAUCUGCUUAUAGGGAUGAAUGAUUGUACUACUAUAAGUGAAUUAUGACAGUGAAAAUAACAGUUGGGAUAGGGAGCCAAACCGUUUAAAAUAUGAAAAAUGACAAAUGUUGUUAAGUAAUGCACUAUUUAUUGAUGGUUCACAAUCAAAGUAAUGUCACUCUUUGCUAUGUUUUGUGGUAAGAGGUAUGUAGUCAUAAAAAAGGUAUACAAGUGUUCAGUCAAGCUGUGCUUUUACUCCUGAAAAAAUACUAAAUGCUUAAUACUGUAUAUGUGGAUAGUUGAUCUGUCUCAAUAUAAAUCUAUGCUCACCAGUUAAGUGUUGAAGAAUUAGUGUUUAAUAUCUACAACCACCCAAUCCUCUGAGGCUGUGUAGAGGGGCUAGCUAAAUUUUUAGAUUCUGAGGCUGUGUAGAGGGGCUAGCUAUAUUUUUAGAUUCUGAGGCUGUGUAGAGGGGCUAGCUAUAUUUUUAGAUUCUGAGGCUGUGUAGAGGGGCUAGCUAUAUUUUUAGAUUCUGAGGCUGUGUAGAGGGGCUAGCUAUAUUUUUAGAUUCUGAGGCUGUGUAGAGGGGCUAGCUAUAUUUUUAGAUUCUGAGGCUGUGUAGAGGGGCUAGCUAUAUUUUUAGAUUCUGAGGCUGUGUAGAGGGGCUAGCUAUAUUUUUAGAUUCUGAGUAGCUUUGUUCAUAGAUUCAUUUAAUCCAGCCACCACAAAUCUUGCUGACCAACUAUCUAGUGAGCUUGGUGACAAGUUGGUAACCCCUUGUUUGCCUGGUCCACUAGCUAAUACUAAUAUGGCUGGCCAACUAUCUAGGGAGCUUGGUGACCAGUUGGUAACCGCUUGUUUGCCUGGUACACUAGCUAAUACUAAUAUGGCUGGCCAAAUAUCUAGUGAGCUUGGUGACCAGUUGGUAACCGCUUGUUUGCCUAGUCCACUAGCUAAUACUAAUAUUGCUGGCCAACUAUCUAGUGAGCUUGGUGACUAGUUGGUAACCGCUUGUUUGCCUGGUCCACUAGCUAAUACUAAUAUUGCUGGCCAACUAUCUAGUGAGCUUGGUGACUAGUUGGUAACCGCUUGUUUGCCUGGUCCACUAGCUAGUACUAAUAUGGCUGGCCAACUAUCUAGUGAGAUUGGUGACCAGUUGGUAACCACUUGUUUGCCUGGUCCACUAGCUAAUACUAAUAUGGCUGGCCAACUAUCUAGUGAGCUUGGUGACCAGUUGGUAACCGCAUGUUUGCCUGGUCCACUAGCUAAUACUAAGAUGGCUGGCCAACUAUCUAGUGAGCUUGGUGACCAGUUGGUAACCGCUUGUUUGCCUGGUCCACUAGCUAGUACUAAUAUGGCUGGCCAACUAUCUUGCCAAUAAGUUAGCUGACCAAUUGUCCUUUUUCUGCACAAAUUUUAAGUAUUAAAUCUAGACACUUUCUUUGAAAAAAGGUGGCUGGAGGAUUUCCUGUAUAUGAUAAUUUAUAUAAAAGUGAUAUUUCAUGUUGUCCUACAGCUGAAUGAUAGUGAAUCAUGGCCAAGUCAGUCAUGGUAUUGGGGGAUUAUCACUGUAGAUAACUUGUGUUUCCUGUGAUAUUUAUUUCAGUUAAAAGUUGUGUGAAACCAUGAAACAAAUUCUAGUAUCCUGUAAAUAUUUGUGUAAGUUAUAGACAUGAAUAAUGUCAAACCUACAUGUUAACUGCAAUGUGAAUACUUGUCUUCACAAAUAACUAUAGAAAGUGAGUUUAUAGAAUUUAGUGCGUAAGAAAUAUCUCCAGAAUAUGUUCCCAAUGUCACGAUCAUUAGGUUAUUAGUGAUUUAUAGUUAAGUGUUAGGCUGUGAAAUGUACUCUGUAUAUAUCUAUGUUAUUUAAAUAUCAUGAAAUUACCAUUGAAAUGUGUUCCAAUAUAUUUGUAAUAAAAUUUGUAGCUUUUAUGUAAUUAUUUAUAUUCAAAUGAUAAACAAGUUGUGAUUUUGUGAAAUGUUAUUUUCGUUACAUUAGACUGAGUGUUCGAGGUAGUGAGGAUAUCUGUAGUAAGUAUGGGUUUAUGUAGUAAGUGAGGAGGGGUAGAGGUUUAUAGGUGUGAGAGUAAGGUUUUGGGGGUAAGGUGGUCUACCUUUUGUAGGGAAUAUUCAUAUACUUAUCUUAACAAAGUGAAUCUCCCUCUAAGGAAUCAGAAUCUCCCUACAACUGGUUGUUAUUUCCAAUUUCUUCAAAACAUGUCUAUAAAUGCCAAUAAGCUAUUUCCUUCUGUUCGGAAAGAAUUGUUCUGAUUCUGGUAAAACAAUGCUUUUGAUGAAAAGAUUCAAUACCAAGUUUCAAUCUCCUCGCCAGUGGGAGGGGUAAUCUCCCUACUAUGUGUUCAGUGUGUUCCGAAGUCAUCAUAUGUAUAAAUAGGCUUACAGAAAAUCAUGUGAUGCUGCAGCUACUAAUAGGAUGACCUAUAAUGUUGCUCAUUUGAUACCUGAAUAUUUCCGACACUUUAGCUUCAGCUGAUCUCAAGUACAGAAUGAUAGGUUUAUUUCCGACACUUUAGCUUCAGCUGAUCUCAAGUACAGAAUGAUAGGUUGUUUCAGUGUUUGUGCAGAAGAUUCUUAUUUUGACAUUUAAUUUCUUCUUGAAUUGACGAGGAAGCCAGUGUGUCAUGGCUAUAUGUAUAAAAAGUCUUCCUUUAAUUGAUAUUAUUCCACUGACUAGAGUAGGCAGUACUGGGAUGUACAGUGAUUGGGCUACCAAAGCCUUGAGCUGAUCAGAUUCAUGUCCUAGUUGGAAACUCGCUGUAUUCAUGGUGCUCAUUAUUGUAAUAAAAGUGUUGUGUACCUCAGGAAGCUUCCGUGAUAUACUAGUAUGCAUUGCAGGUUUUAUACACCUUAGGAACGUCAAUCAUCUUUGCUAUUAUGUCCUUUUUACCUUCUCUAAGCCCUGGGACUUCAAUGUGUAGAGGGAGGGGUGGUAGAGAAAUAGGAACAGGUUUUAACCUGGGACUUUGUUGUUUAUAGUAGUAAACAAGGAAUUGAAAAUUUAAUGGUCGCAUGCUUCUGAUAUAUUUUUUAGAUACUCACAAACACAUCCCUCAAAAUUGUCACUUGUAUGGAUGAUAGCUAAAAUAAGGUAUUAUCAGUGUAUGUGUGUGCCAGUAGUCUAAGGGAAUACAUUUCUGACAAUGAUACACCUUAUGUAUAUUAACUUUGUUGGAUAUUGAUAUAUAUAUAGAAAGUUUGAAAAUACCUUGAUCAAUAUUGAAAAUAAA